UUCUACUUGGACAAGUCAAACCUGCCUCCAAAUUCAACAUCUAAAGCUGCUUAUAUAGAUAAGUUUAUGAGACCUCUGAACUGCUUGGACGAACUUUACCGACUCAUAGGGUCCUUCAUCCGCUCGAAGCGCACGGCGGCCUGCGCGUACACUGCCUGCAGCGCCUCCGGCGUGGGGCUGCUCUCCGUGUCCUCCGAGCUCUGCAGCAGGCUCGGCGCCUGUCACAUCAUUAUGUGCAACAGCGGCGUUCACCGCUGCACUCUGAGCGUGACCCUGGAGCAGGCCAUCAUCCUGGCGCGGAGCCACGGGCUGCCCCCGCGCUACAUCAUGCAGGCCACGGACGUCAUGCGCAAGCAGGGAGCAAGAGUACAAAAUACAGCCAAGAAUUUAGGAGUGAGGGACCGAACACCACAGUCCGUCCCAAGAUUAUACAAGUUAUGCCAGCCACCACCACCCGUUGGAGAAGAAUGAGGAGAACUGCUCCAGAAAAUAACCCAAUAAAGACUUUUAGGACACCAGGACUGUGAAAUCUAACUGCAUUGUAGCAGUAUGUGCCUGGGGCUUUGAUAAGUAAAAGCCCUUUACUCAGGAUAAAGAAAGAAAUAUCCUAAAUAGUCUGUAUUGACAUUGGAAUAUGACUUCCAAAAAAAGCAUUUCUGGAAUCCUGGAAUCUGUGCACUCCAGCCUUGUUAGGAAAACAGGAUUUUUCCUCGGGAUUUUUACACUGGAAUCAUGUUCAUUAGAUGCUCAGUCCUGUUUAGCUACACAAAAUAGGCACAGGCAGUAGCUUGAAAACAGAUCUCUUGUGUCCAAGUGAAAUCAUUCUCUCUGAGCUAGAGUAUCCUUCUCCUGGAAUGGAUAAAAGCCUACAUAAGGGGCAGGCACUUCAUAUGGGGCCUUUUGCACUGAUAAUCCCUUUUUUUUUUUUAAUCCUGUCAGCAUCAUAAAUUCUCACCUUUUUAUAACAAUGAAAUUAAAGUUUCAAGGAUAUCGUGUAAGUGAGGUUUAAGGAUAAAAACUCAUCUCAGAGUUGUGUGUAAUGACUCCAGGCUGACUGCUUCUAUGAAUAUGUGUCCAUAGAAG